GCAUCAUCGCAUUCCAUGCACGUAUAGAAAAAUUCAAGCAAAAUCUGGCUUUUAAAGCCGUUGUCAUAUUCGGGAAAGUAACCCUCAAUGCAGGAAAAGCUUACGAUGGAAGUACAGGGAAAUUCACGGCUCCAGUCAAUGGUAUCUACUCAUUUACAUGGACUAUAGCUACCACUCCUGGAAGGAGAUUUAGCACAGCUAUCGUAAGAGAUGAUGAAAUUAUUGGUUACAACCAUGUCAAUGGUAAAGUAGGUAGUAACAACAGUGAAAGUGGUUCAGCAACAGCCAUAAUAAAAAUGGCCAAGAGCGACAAGGUGUGGAUAAGAGUACAAGAACAUGGAGAGUAUGCCUAUGCUCUCUGGUCGUCAUUCUCUGGCUUUCUGCUGUGA